AUGAGCGUCUUCGGUGGCUCGUUGGAGUUGGAGAGCCAGCCUAAGUUGCGCUCCGUCUGGUACAGCGGAACCGGGUUCCAUGACGAGGUUAGCGUUCAACUGCGCGAGGCUUAUCUCCAGAAUAUCCACGAGGGAGAUCGAAUAGGGUAUGGUUAUUGGAAGUUGGGAAUGACCACAAAAUGUCUGUGUCCAAAUGAUGGACAAGCAGUUGAGAGUAUUCAGUUUGCCAUCCUGGUUGUGUUUACAGACAGUACUGCCACCAUCGCAAAGCGACAGGUGAUCGGCGCAGAGCGCGUCAUCAGAGUGUUCCCGCGUCUCUCUGCACCCCACAGAACUCACUCAUCGCCUCACAAUAUCCCUGCUUCCAGCCUCACUGCUCGCCUAUCCAAUCCCUCGCGACUCCCGCAGAUGACCAGCCCGCGAUCCUCUGGGCAAUUGCGCGCCUUGUAUGCUUCUCGAAGAGCGCGCGGCGUAUCGUUAGCAGACGGGCCAGGAUUUCUGUAUGCGUUCGUUGAUCACGGUCAUCUUUGGAAAAUCGGCAUGUCCGACAAUUACGAUCGGCGGAGGGCCGAAUGGGAUCACCUCGCAUCUGGUGCACACGAUGUGGAAGGCGUCACAUUGAGAAAUUUAUCUUCCUCGGAAACUGGAGACGCGUUUGGCGAAGGGAAAUUCGGCCAGUGCUUGUGCGCUGCACAUCUUCAUAAAGAAUCUAGAUAG